CCCGGAGCCGAGCCUGCGCAGCGGCCGGGGGCGGGGGCGCAGGUGAGCUGCGCUGGGUCUGCGGCGCGCUCUUUGCGCGGCGGGAGGGAAGGAGGUGGUCUGGGCGUCGUAUCUCUGGCCAGUGAAUCGCGAGGGUCUGGGCUUGCCCCAAGCCGACCCCGACCUAACACGCGACGGGGCUGCCAGGUUCACAACUGCCCAUCCAGCUCCUGGUGAGCGCUGGGGACAGCCCCGGGAUCACUUUCCCUUCCCGGACCGCUGCAGGGCGAUUCCUCUCUUCACCUUUUUAAAAAAAGUUUUUAAGGCCUGAGGCAUCUGCCACACCUCAGACCCCGACUUGCCUGGCUGGGAGGAGGUGAGGUCCUCCCUCUGGCCAGGCCCCGACCGUCUUCCUGGGCCCUGGAGGCUUCAGCCACCACGCAGGAAUCUCCCUGGCUGACUGUAUCCCUGAGGGGCUGUGUUUUGCAGUGAAGUUAGAGCCUGGACACCUGCCUGGGUCUCCCCGCUGUGAAGGCUUUGCCCCUCCCCCCGCAGCCUGGCACCAUGCAGUCCCCAGAGAGCGGUGUGCACUACAGCAGGUGGGAUGACAGCAGCCGGGACGAAGUCAGCAUGGCGGCCGUGUCCAGCACAGAGGAGGAGGCCUCAUGUUGCCAAAGGAUCUCCCGGAAGCUGUGCAGGGGCAAGCUGGGUAUCGCCAUGAAGGUGCUGGGCGGAGUGGUCCUCUUCUGGGUCAUCUUCAUCCUGGGCUACGUCACCGGCUACUACGUGCACAAGUGCAAAUGACAGCACCAGCAGGCGCUCUCGGGGCUGGCUGCACGCACCUGGGGGCCCCGUGUACAGGGAGCCCUGCAUACACACUGCCCGUAAUACAGACCUCCAUAGAUGCAGGGCCCCCAUACACACAGACCCCAUCUUAUAUCCAUGGGCCCCAGAGGCAGACACCCUACAGGGCAUGCGAGGACCCCAGGGGCACAGCUGUUCCAGGCCUGAUAGGAGGCAGCACACACACACCCAGCACACUCAAAGGAUCCAGAGACAAACACCUGGCGCGGCUGCCACCCAGAGGCGCGUGUGGCUGGGGGAAAUAGGCUAGCAUCACGGGAGCUGCAGGACACACCCAGGCCACACCAGGAGGCCAGUUUUCCCAAGCCCAGGGCCCAGGGCCUUCCUUUGUCGAGGCCAGGAUGAGGGGUGCCUUCUGCAAAUAAUCCCAGCCUACCCUCCCUGGCAGCCCCCGACGAUGGAUCCUGCUGUUGUUCUAUACGGGCACUGUGCAGAGUUGUGUGGCCUGGGCAGGCCCCUGCCCUCUCUGGCCCUUCUGACUCUGGUUGUGUAAGGAUGGCCCCAGCAAGGGCUGUGUCCCCACCUACCUUCCCCUGGGGGUUGAGACCAGCCCUCGGAGGUGCUUCCUGUACAGAGUGAGGUGGGAGCCUUGGUCUCAGACCCACUGGCGGGGCUUCCUGAGUGAGGCAGGCAUGGUGCUUGCUGGGCUGGGUGUGUCCCCUUGGGCUGGCCCUUGCUAGGAGGACCCUGGUCUCCCCCCCACCCUGAGGAGCUGUCUGCAGGCCAUGCACAGGGCAUCAUUAAACAUCUGCUGGGUGGCUGUG